AUGACGAGCUCUGCGGUUCAACUUCUCGGUUAUGCUCUUACUUUGAUCGGUCUUGUUGCCUCAAUGAUUGCCACCAAUAUGGUGGAGUGGAAAAGGCACUCUUACACAGAGAGCACGGUAACAUCGAAGGAAACUUACCUGGGGCUGUGGAUGUCAUGCACCGUCGACGCCACCAAACACACGAUGUGCGUCAAUUACAAGUCACUCUUUCACCUGCCAGGUAAGUUUUCCAUAGCGUCUGUCAUCAUCAACGCCAUUCGUUCACUAGUGGUCACUCACCUUCAGAGCAGGCACAAUAUAGCUUAAUAUAAUGGUAGGCUACUUGUUGAUGUUUAAUGCAAUGAGAAGAUAUAAAUAUAAGCCUAAUGUUAAUAAUGUUGAUCAUUAAAACUGAUGACAGCUACCAUUUAUUAUUACAAAUAGUACUUGUUCACACACAGUUCAAGUGUAUUUUCUUUCUCUUAGUAAGUUUCACACUGACUCAUGACUUUGAUAUGGAUGUGUUCAAUGUAGCCAUAUUCAAUGUUGGUGUAUGUUUGACUGUUGAGUGUUGAGAGUAUGGGUUGACCUCUGACAUUUACCCUGUGUGUGUGUGUGUGUGUGUAGCGGAGAUUCUGACCACCCGAGUGGUGAUGAUCCUCAGUGUCCUGUUGUCAGCCGUUGGGGUGCUGGUAGCCACGCUGGGGAUGAGAUGCACCCGGUGCCUGGAGGAGGAUGAAGAGGAGAAGGAUAGAGUAGCCAUUGUUGGAGGAUUCCUCUUCAUCAUCGCAGGUACAGUCGGCUACUUUAUCAUAUCAGUAAUGAAAGUUGUUUUCAUCCAUUUUAGCUCUGAACAGUAAAUGCUACAUUGUGAAAUGCCAAGAAAUGGUCCCAUCUGACAUCACAUAACUCCGUGCUUUAGCGUACAGCUCUGUACCGUAGCCCAAAAUGCUGCUAUUACCACUUGUACAACUGAAAAUGCUGCUAGUUUUAACUCUAGGUUGAGUAGCAGAAGCUGAUAAUGAAAUAGUGUGUAAUAAGAUGUUCUAAUAUUGUAUUCUCUGUAGGUGUUCUGGCCAUAUCAGUAACCUCCUGGUUUGCCAACGCCAUCAUCCAGUCCUUUGAAUUCUCAGACUCACCUACCUCCUUACAUAACAGGUACUGUCCAGUAGCACGUAUCAGAAUUAUCCAUGGCUGUAUGUGUUAAGACUCGUAAUAGUCUUUAGACUGAGCCCUAUCAAUGCACUACUUUUGACCAAGGACCCAUAGGACGGCUCUAGUCAGAAGAAGGGCGCAAAAUACGGAAUAGGAUACCAUUUGGGAUGCAAGCUAAGAAACUACACCUGGCUGUAGUGCAAUUUAUAUCAAAUUGUUAUUUAGAAUUUGAAUUCUACACAUAGUUUAUUCUGUGUUUUGCGGCUGAUGUGGACUACAUUCUGUGGUGUUGACUGGGUUUAAUUUUUUUGUGUUUCUUGUUUAAUCCGACAGGUUUGAGUUUGGCAAUGCUGUGCUGGUGAGCUGGGCUGCAGGCAUCUGCUCUGUGGUGGGCGGAUCUCUCCUGGGCUGCAGGUGUCUGAGUAGUUGUCCCAAGGGCUCACUCUCAGUCUCAUCCUUCACUCAACCCAAAGUAGUCCCUGGCACCAGGCUCGGAACCCACUAUGUUUAA